AUGAGUGAACUGGACCAGUUGCGCCAGGAGGCUGAGCAGCUCAAAACCCAGAUCAGAGUGAGUGUUAAUCCCUCCAUCUACCAUCAAUGGGCAGGAGCAAUUCUUUAAAAACUACAGAAAUUGCUUCUUUCAGAAAUAAUUGAAUUGUCGCUGCACUCAGUCUCAACACAGUGUCAUAACAAAGCUACAUGAUCUUCUGAAAAUGUUUGGUUGUUAAAUUUGUGUGUUGGUUAUUUGUUGUCCUACUUUUGCAGGAUGCCAGGAAAGCAUGUGCAGAUGCCACACUAUCACAGGUAAAAUAAUUUAUAUCACCCAAUUUCACAUUGACAGAUCAAUAACUAACGUUUCUUUCAUAUUGAAAGCAAAUCUAAGAAGUGGUAGAUCUGUUCUAUGUGUGCUAUUUCUAUGCUUCAAGUUUUGUUUUUGCAUCUUAUACUUUCGGUUUUGUACACCAGCUGAAAAUACAAUAUUUUUGGUUAUGGAAAAUACACUGCUCAAAAAAAUAAAGGGAACACUUAAACAACACAAUGUAACUCCAAGUCAAUCACACUUCUGUGAAAUCAAACUGUCCACUUAGGAAGCAACACUGAUUGACAAUACAUUUCACAUGCUGUUGUGCAAAUGGAAUAGACAAGAGGUGGAAAUUAUAGGCAAUUAGCAAGACACCCCCAAUAAAGGACUGGUUUUGCAGGUGGUGACCACAGACCACUUCUCAGGUCCUAUGCUUCCUGGCUGAUGUUUUGGUCACUUUUGAAUGCUGGCGGUGCUUUCACUCUAGUGGUAGCAUGAGACGGAGUCUACAACCCACACAAGUGGCUCAGGUAGUGCAGCUCAUCCAGGAUGGCACAUCAAUGCGAGCUGUGGCAAGAAGGUUUGCUGUGUCUGUCAGCGUAGUGUCCAGAGCAUGGAGGCGCUACCAGGAGACAGGCCAGUACAUCAGGAGACGUGGAGGAGGCCGUAGGAGGGCAACAACCCAGCAGCAGGACUGCUACCUCCGCCUUUGUACAAGGAGGAGCACUGCCAGAGCCCUGCAAAAUGACCUCCAGCAGGCCACAAAUGUGCAUGUGUCUGCUCAAACGGUCAGAAACAGACUCCAUGAGGGUGGUAUGAGGGCCCGACGUCCACAGGUGGGGGUUGUGCUUACAGCCCAACACCGUGCAGGACGUUUGGCAUUUGCCAGAGAACACCAAGAUUGACAAAUUCGCCACUGGCGCCCUGUGCUCUUCACAGAUGAAAGCAGGUUCACACUGAGCACGUGACAGACGUGACAGAGUCUGGAGACGCCGUGGAGAACGUUCUGCUGCCUGCAACAUCCUCCAGCAUGACCGGUUUGGCGGUGGGUCAGUCAUGGUGUGGGGUGGCAUUUCUUUGGGGGGCCGCACAGCCCUCCAUGUGCUCGCCAGAGGUAGCCUGACUGCCAUUAGGUACCGAGAUGAGAUCCUCAGACCCCUUGUGAGACCAUAUGCUGGUGCGGUUGGCCCUGGGUUCCUCCUAAUGCAAGACAAUGCUAGACCUCAUGUGGCUGGAGUGUGUCAGCAGUUCCUGCAAGAGGAAGGCAUUGAUGCUAUGGACCGCCCAUUCCCCAGACCUGAAUCCAAUUGAGCACAUCUGGGACAUCAUGUCUCGCUCCAUCCACCAACGCCACGUUGCACCACAGACUGUCCAGGAGUUGGCGGAUGCUUUAGUCCAGGUCUGGGAGGAGAUCCCUCAGGAGACCAUCCGCCACCUCAUCAGGAGCAUGCCCAGGCGUUGUAGGGAGGUCAUACAGGCACGUGGAGGCCACACACACUACUGAGCCUCAUUUUGACUUGUUUUAAGGACAUUACAUCAAAGUUGGAUCAGCCUGUAGUGUGGUUUUCUACUUUAAUUUUGAGGGUGACUCCAAAUCCAGACCUCCAUGGGUUGAUACAUUUGAUUUCCAUUGAUAAUUUUUGUGUGAUUUUGUUGUCAGCACAUUCAACUAUGUAAAGAAAAAAGUAUUUAAUAAGAUUAUUUCAUUCAUUCAGAUCUAGGAUGUGUUAUUUUAGUGUUCCCUUUAUUUUUUUGAGCAGUGUAUAUUUCACAGCGGUUUAGAUGGUACAAUGAUACUUGCUUGUUUUGUCACAUUAAACUGAAAUUAGGCAAACUAUUACAAUUUCAGCAACCAUGAAAUGGCGGAGUGAUUUCUGCAUAGUGCAUCUUUAACUAGGGAUAUCCAAAACAUUCAACGCAAUCUGCUAUUGAUGGCUUUAUGUAACUGUGUUUUUGUGUUUUGCAGAUCACAGCCAAUAUUGAUCCUGUUGGCCGUAUUCAGAUGCGCACAAGAAGAACACUGAGGGGUCAUUUGGCUAAGAUCUAUGCCAUGCAUUGGGGCACUGAUUCCAGGUAAACCCAAGUAUAAUUUGUAUAGUGUCUUUCACAAACUAGGAGGGUAAUUUCCAUUUGUUCUAUACUACAAAAAAAAACGUCUUCCUUUUGGAGUUUUUGCUAUGACAAAUAGUUGAAUGAUUCCAGUUGUCAAAUGUAAAAGUUGGCAUGGUAUAUAAUUGUAUGACCCUUGGCAUGAAUUGGUGAUUAUAUGAUUCCACAUGAUAUAGUGGAAAAGUGGUAAAUGGAAGUAGGUGUUAUUAUGACUACGCAUGUGUUGUUGCUAUUCUUGUCAUUGCUUGGAUUUGGCCCCAAGUUAAAAGGCAAAGCAGUCUUAAUAAAUUGCUUUUAGUUUGCUAUUCUAUUCCAUAUAGAAUGUAGGCUAGUUACAGUUGUAUUAAUGUUUUUGUUAAAUUUCUUAAAGGGGAACUGUUAUUCCAUGACAUGUUUCUGGCUCUUUCUCAUAGGCUCUUGGUCAGUGCUUCCCAAGAUGGUAAACUCAUCAUUUGGGACAGCUAUACCACAAACAAGGUCAGACUUCAGUGGCUCAACUUCCAUAGCUCUGUUUGGAGAACCACUACAACAUUUCCAUUGCAAUUAUAGGCAUUGCAUUCAGUCCCUUCAACCAUUCUACUUCAGUUUUUUAUUCACCUACGCACCUGUAAUAAGAGAUCAUUACUUCAGGUGUGCAAAGGUUUCAUGUUUUUUAACCACCACCUCCUUGCAGGUCCAUGCCAUUCCUCUGCGUUCUUCCUGGGUCAUGACCUGCUCAUAUGCACCUUCAGGAAACUACGUGGCAUGUGGAGGUCUGGACAACAUCUGCUCCAUUUACAACCUGAAGACACGUGAGGGGAAUGUACGUGUGAGCCGGGAGCUUGCUGGACAUACAGGUAGAGAGACUAUAUUUUCUGUUUGGUGGCAUGUUUUAUUUGUUUUCCUAUGAAGUCCUUCUCAUUUUCUGCUACUUAAAAACCACUGUGGGAACAUUUCUGGAUUUCUGAAUAUUUUUUUAGUAAUACACAAAUGAAAUCUCUCAAUUCCAGGUUAUCUGUCCUGCUGUCGUUUCGUUGAUGACAACCAGAUUAUUACAAGCUCUGGAGACACCACCUGGUAAGUAAAGGAAUUACUCAGUGUCCUGUAAGGAUGCUGCUCUGUCUAUUUCCAAUACUACAACAUUGUUAAUUUUCCUAAAAUGGAUUAAAUGUGAAUUUGUAUAUAAACUCAUGCCUUGUUUUAACCGGAUGUUGUUUUUACAGUGCCCUUUGGGAUAUAGAGACUGGCCAGCAGACAACCACGUUUGCUGGGCACAGUGGUGAUGUCAUGAGCCUCUCAUUGGCCCCUGACACUAGGCUAUUUGUGUCAGGUGCUUGUGAUGCCUCUGCCAAACUCUGGGACGUUAGAGAGGGCAUGUGCAGACAGACCUUCACUGGGCAUGAGUCUGACAUCAAUGCCAUAUGUGUAAGGGCAUAUUUAAAGACAUCUAUGCACAUGUAUUGCCUAUUAGGGGAUUUUACAUUGAUUGAUUGAUUGCUUGAUUGAUUGAUUGAUUUUAUUUUGGGUAAAACAAUUUGUACAUUUUUAAGAACAGUAUUUAAAAGUACAAGAAACCCAGAGGAUGACACAUGAAAGCGUAAAUACACUUAUUUCCAAUGUGGUCCUCAAAUGAUUAAAUAUGAUCAAACAUGAUGAAAUAUAAUCUACAUUUAUACAAUUCAGUUCUUUGAUUUAAAAAAAUUGUUUUUGAGAUACAAAUUUGAAGUAAAAUAUAGUCAGUUAUAUUAUACCCCUUUCGUAUUUGCUCAGUAAGUAAUUGCUAUGUGAUCUGAUCUGUGCUUUACAGUUCUUCCCCAAUGGCAAUGCCUUUUGUACGGGCUCCGACGAUGCCACCUGCAGACUCUUCGAUCUUCGUGCCGACCAGGAGCUGAUGUGCUACUCUCAUGACAACAUCAUUUGUGGCAUCACCUCUGUUGCUUUCUCCAAGAGUGGCCGUCUCCUUCUGGCUGGAUAUGACGACUUCAACUGCAACGUGUGGGACACACUGAAGGCUGACCGUGCUGGUGAGUCACUAAUAACACCCCAGAGAGACGUCUCGUUGCACAUUAGUGUUGCACGGUAUACCAAAACGUGGGUACUUUUUCGAUACUAUAACAUGAAAAACAGUUCUGAAUUCGUUUUUUAUAUUUUGGGUUCUUCUGUCAAAUUUCUGAUGUCGUAUACUGCAUGACAGGAUCAAGUCUGUCUGUCUGGUCCACUCAAGCUGGCCAUACAUUACGCGAAUUAAACUGCGAUUUUGCAACGAUUUGGCAUCUAUGCCGAAUUGUUGGGAUCGCAGGUAAAUCAUACAUUUGUAGGCUCCACCCAAGACGUUGUAGGUCGCAUAAUGUGAGCGGGUGAAAGACGUGGGAUUAUAGGUCUUGCGCUCUCCCGAGCCGCAUUUUAGGUCCCGGUUUUAUUUUUCGGACUUUUGCAACUCGUCCUCCGUUGCUCAGCUCAUUCUAGGCUACAGCCACAGCGUAGGAGGGGUAAUGAUGCCACGGGCGCCACAACAUAUAUGGAAAUCACAGGACAGGGCGGGGUCUAGAGAAGUCUCAAUGCGAGCAAAGUUGUGUAAUGUGAGCACACAGAUAGCAGACUACAGGAUGAAAAGAUUAUCCAGACAAUUUGCAUAAUAUGAGUUGUCCCACGAUGUCAAUAUUUUUGUUGUCUAAUGUAUGCCUAGCUUUACUCAUUGCUAGCUAGCCUGUCCUGAGGAACCACUCCACUGUUUGGGAGGCUGUAUCAUGUUAGCUCCCCACUCAUGCUGCACAGAAGUUAACACAGUUAAAUAAUGCAACACAGCAUGUAGAAAGGUUUAAACUGUUAAUUACUGUUCGCUAAACAAUGUACAUACAGGCUAGAACACUUUACAAUGCAAGAAGAUAUCUCUAGCUAGCUAGCUAAUAUCCUACAAAGCUGGAUGUUGUUUAACUUUCCUUGCUAGCUUACAGCUGAAGAAGCUAACAUCAAUUCACAACCCUAGUAUGCAAACCAUAACGCAAAAUAUGCUGAUUUCAAAUCUUUAUUAUAUUCACUUUGUUGCCUCCCGAGUGGCGCAGCGGUCUAAGUCACUGCAUCACAGUAUUAGAGGCGUCACUACAGACCCAGGUUCGAUCCCAGGCUGUGUCGCAGCCGGCCGCGACCGGGAGACCCAUGAGGUAGCGCACAAUUGGCCCAGCGUCGUCCGGGUUAGGGGAGGGUUUGGCCGGCCGGGAUGUCCUUGUUCCAUCGCGCUCUAGCGACUACUUGUGGCGGGCCGGGUGCAUGCACGCUGACUUCAGUUGCCAGUUGUACCGUGUUUCCUCCGACACAUUGGUGCGGCUAGCUUCCGGGUUAAGCGAGCAGUGUGUCAAGAAGGAGUGCGGCUUGGCAGGGUCAUAUUUCGGAGGACGCAUGGCUCGUGACCUUUGCCUCUCCCGAGUCCGUACAGGAGUUGCAGCGAUGGGACAAGACUAACUACCAAUUGGAUAGGAAAAAAGGGGUAGGAAAAAAAACAAUUCACUGGGUUAAUGGUCUCUCCUUCAUGUCUCUCUCACCAAACUGUGUGAACUGACUGCCUCAUGAAUGUCAUUACAGGGUCUUAGAGACAAAGAAGAGAUUUCUACUUCUAUGCGAAUAUUGACAAAAAAAACAGUGCCUUCAGAAAGUAUUCAUAACCCUUGACUUAUUCCACAUGUUACAGCCUGAAUUCAAAAUGGAUGAAAAAAUAUACAAUACCCCAUAAUGACAAAGUAAAAAAAUAUAUAUACACUACCGUUCAAAAGUUUGGGUCACUUAGAAAUGUCCUUGUUUUUGAAAGAAAUUAUUUUUUUUGUCCAUUCAAAUAACAUCAAAUUGAUCAGAAAUACAGCGUAGACAUUGUUAAUGUUGUAAAUGGCUAUUGUAGCUGGAAACUGCUUUUUUUUUUUUUUUUUUUAUGAAUAAUUUGUAAGUCGCUCUGGAUAAGAGCGUCUGCUCAAUGAUGUAAAUGUCAAUAUCUACAUAGGCGCACAGAGGCCCAUUAUCAGCAACCAUCAGUCCUGUGUUCCAAUGGCACGUUGUGUUUGCUAAUCCAAGUUUAUCAUUUUAAAAGGCUAAUUGAUCAUUAGAAAACCCUUUUGCAAUUAUGUUAGCACAGCUGAAAAAGCAAUAAAACUGGCCUUCUUGAUACUAGUUGAGUAUCUGGAGCAACAGCAAUUGUGGGUUCGAUUACAGGCUCAAAAUGUCCAGAAACAAAUAACUUUCUUCUGAAACUCGUCAGUCUAUUCUUGUUCUGAGAAAUGAAGGCUAUUCCAUGCGAGAAAUUGCCAAGAAACUGAAGAUCUUGUACAACGCUCUGUACUACUCCCUUCACAGAACAGCGCAAACUGUCUCUAACCAGAAUAGAAAGAGGAGUGGGAGGCCCCGAAUUUACUAAUUUUACUUUAGUGCAUUAUUGCAAACAGGAUGUGUGGGGUACAGAGAUGAGGUAGUCAUGCAAAAAUCAUGUUAAACACUAUUGCACACAGUCAGUCCAUGCAACUUAUGUGACUUGUUAAGCAAAUGUUUACUCCUGAACGUAUGUAGGCUUGCCAUAAUAAAGGGGUUGAAUACUUGACUAAAGACAUUUCAGCUUUUUUUAAUUGAUUUGUAAAAAUGUGUAGAAAUAUAAUUCCACUUGGACAUUAUGGGGUAUAGUGUGUAGGCCAGUGACACAAUCUCAAUGUAAUCCAUUUUAAAUUCAGGCUGUAACACAACAACAUUUGGGAAAAGUCAAGGAGUGUGAAUACUUUCUGAAGGCACUGUAAGUCUCAAAUGGAAGGGAAAUAGAUUCAUCUGUAGCCCCAUAGACUCCACUGAAAUCAGCCAAAACAAGCUCAAUAACUCAAUGCAUGCACACACUCCUAUUGAAAAGGCAUUCAUCUGUAUUGUGAAUAGGCCUAGGCUACAUAUUGAUUUACCAAGUUUAUCAAUAGAGAUGUACCAUUCAAAUAAAUGAUUACCGUUAUGUAGUUAGUGGUAAAAACAAAGUCAAAUUGAUUGUAUCAUUGAUUCAUUAAUUAAUGCAUACAUGGCUGUACCUGAAAAAUGUGUACAUACAAAAUGUCUAAUUGAAUGAUAUUGAACUCAAAACAUGCCCAACAAUUGAACAGAGCAGUAGCUGAGUUUCUGUCUGGAUCAAGUGCUAUCCUGUGACUUUGGCUAAUGCGUUUUUUUGUUGCUGUGAUACUAAAUCUGGAAGCUAUUGGUAUUGAAGUCAAAAUGCUUGUAUCGUGACAACUCUAUCGCACACCAAGCAUGUUUAGAAGUUUAUAUUGUACACGUAUUAGUCAAACGCAACCUGUCCUGGACAUUUUUUUAAUAACUCCCAACAAAUUAUGUUUCAAGCACAUUUUAACUUAUUUAUAAUGUCAGCUAAAUUAAAUUGCAUAAUUCCCAGAACAGUCCUUAGACUAAUAUUAUGGUGCUGUUUUAGGUGUGUUGGCUGGACAUGACAACCGUGUUAGCUGCCUGGGAGUCACCGACGAUGGCAUGGCAGUUGCAACAGGAUCCUGGGACAGUUUUCUCAAGAUCUGGAAUUGAAACCUGAAGGUGCUUUGCCUUUUUUGUAUUGCUGUAAAGCUAAGCCUUUUUUAGCUACUUAUGGAACAGCAGCUGUAUACAGUGUGUUCAUUGUUCAGUAUAAGUGAACCCUGACUCAUUCUUACUUUUCUUCUUCAGAUGUCAUUUUGAACUCCAAAGUUGACUGGAAGACCGUUACAACAACUUGAGAAUGUUACAUUUCACAGCAUCUUCUUCAACACUGUUUUAAACUGACUUGGACACCACAAACUAAGGGAAACCAAUGCCUUUCCUACACAAGAAGAGCACAAUUGUUUGUCAC